AUUGUAACUUCACUGCGCAAGUACCGAUGUCUCAUCCGGGCAUCCGUUUCUUCAAAUGCUAAGAGGAAGCGGAGAAGCCGAUUAAAAACACAUAGAUCUAGGAGAGUUUCAAUGUUUAUAAAAUCGGUUAAAAAAACCCUGCAUGAAUGUGUUUACGGAUUAACGUUUUCGUUUGAUUUAAUUCAAUUAGGAUUAUUUAAAUAAUUUUACACUUGUAAAAAGUCAAACUGUGUACCAAUUCUCCGAAAAUGGGUUGUGUAUCCAGCCAAGAGGACAAAGCUGCAGUAGAGAGAUCAAAACAAAUCGACAAAUCGUUGCGUAUGGAUGGAGAAAAGGCGGCCCGUGAAGUGAAAUUACUGCUUCUCGGGGCUGGUGAGUCUGGAAAAAGUACCAUUGUAAAACAGAUGAAAAUUAUACAUGAAAAAGGCUAUUCACAAGAAGAAUGUUUGCAAUACAAACCUGUUGUGUAUAGCAAUGCAAUACAGUCUAUGAUUGCUAUCAUUAAAGCUAUGGGACAACUGAAAAUUCAGUUUGGGCAUCAUGACAGAGCUACACCUGAGAUCCCGGAAGCAUCACAAAGUGGUCAAAAUUUAGCACCGGCCCCUGUCAAGAAUGAUUUAAGUGAAGAUGCUAGACAGUUUUUUGCAUUGGCUGGCCAUGCAGACGAAGGAGAAAUGUCGGCCGAGCUGUCUGGCAUUAUGAAACGGCUGUGGAAAGAUGUUGGCGUUCAGGAGUGUUUCAGCAGGUCGCGAGAGUACCAGUUGAACGACUCGGCAGAAUACUACCUGAAUGCCUUGGACCGGAUUUCAGCACCUGGUUACAUCCCCACAGAACAGGAUGUUCUGAGGACAAGAGUCAAGACCACUGGCAUUGUGGAGACUCACUUCACAUUCAAAGAUUUACACUUCAAAAUGUUUGAUGUAGGAGGUCAAAGGUCAGAGAGAAAGAAAUGGAUCCACUGCUUUGAAGGUGUGACAGCCAUUAUUUUUAUUGUAGCCAUGAGUGAAUAUGAUCUCACGCUGGCAGAAGACCAGGAAAUGAACCGCAUGAUGGAGAGCAUGAAACUCUUUGACUCUAUCUGUAACAACAAGUGGUUCACUGAGACCUCCAUCAUUCUCUUCCUCAACAAGAAAGAUCUCUUCGAGGAGAAGAUAAAAAAAUCUCCGCUUACUAUUUGCUUUCCUGAGUACACUGGGGCCAACACAUAUGAAGAAGCAGCCGCUUAUAUUCAGCUUCAGUUUGAAAACUUGAACAAGAAGAAGGACACGAAGGAGAUCUAUUCCCACUUCACUUGUGCCACAGACACCAACAAUGUGCAGUUUGUCUUCGAUGCUGUCACAGAUGUUAUCAUAAAAAAUAAUCUCAAGGACUGCGGCCUUUUUUAGACUCAAUUCUGAUGCUAUUUAAAAAAGAGAAGAGAGAAAUCCAUAGAUGGAUGGACUUCCCCACACAGCAGCAUCUAGACAUGGAAUACAACCCAUCCUUUUCUUUAACCUUACGCAACAGUUUUCUGCUAUCUCAUGUUUUCAUUGCCUCAGUUGUUUGUUUCAACAUGUGAGCAAAGAUAGGUCAAUUCAUGUUCAUCAUCUCAAUUAGACUGGCGUACAUGAUCCUAACACUGGCAGUGUGCUACUGCCGUCAUGUUUUGUUAGGACUUUGCUGUCACUGACAGUUUGACCAUCAACAUCUGGUGACAGAAUCGGAUGAAACCAAUGACAUCUCACUCAAGACCUGUGACAGACGACAUUUAUCAUCCACCUCUCAUCAUUCUUGUGUACAAGCUCACACGUCAGCUGUUUUGUUGUGUUUGUCUAGCUGGCUCUGUGUACACAGGCUUCUCAUCCUUAGUGACCAAACUAACUUUUUAAGACCAGGACUUUUUUUACUACAUUUAUUAUUUUUACACAAUCAAAAUUAAAUGGUUUUUAAAGUAGUUGUUGUCCAGAUGUAGGUAUGCAGACUGUACCUUAGAUAUUGUCUGUCUCUCCCUCCCCUUCAUCUGUGUGCUGAGCUUACUGUGGACUUGUGCUGUAGCCACCAACAUUUUCUUGCCAUAACAAAUAUUUUGGCUGGUUUAUAAACCCCCCCUCCCCCAAUUGAAAUAGAUUUAAAAUUAAGUCACACAUUAGAAUUAUUUUUUUAAACAGUUUCUUAGCUAAUGAAAGUUGAUAAUUGAUUUGAAAAUAACUGGUCCCAUUUUGUGGAUCGGUCUGACAUCCACCCCAAGCAUGGCUCAAGAUAAAUUAUUUUCUACAACCUGACUGCUUUUGCUAAACAGCAUUAAAACUUUUUGAGCCCUCUCACAAUAAUUGUUAAUUCAUUUAGGCAACAUUUUGUUUUAAGAUCUGCUUUUAAUUUUUUUUCUUUGUUUUACAAUUGUCUUUGAAUGAUCUGAAUGGGAUAUUAAAUUUUGAAGUGCAUGAAUCUAUUGUUACUGUCUCGCAUCAGCUGUUCAUGCUUAGUCUGCACUUCACUGGCUAGACUUUUAGUCAUUUUGUUAGACCAAUUUUAUUUUUACACUAUUUUUCUACAUUUGCUACAUUUAAAAGGUUUUAAUGUGCUAAAAUUUGCCAGUGACUUCUGUUUACUGUAACUGUUUAGGUCCAUACUCCACGGCAUUUAGCUUUAAUCACCUCCAUAUUUUAUUUGGCUGCACCAUUCCAUUUUUUAAAUUAUUUUGUUUUUAGAAGUUGCCAUCCAAUUGAAGUGUAAUGCUGAGACUACCUGCUGAGUUAUUUUAGAUGGCCAACUUGUGAGGCUCUUGUAAAAAGAUGGCCAACUUGUGAGGCUCUUGU